AUGACGGUCUGGCGAAAAACAGACGCAAAGACCAAACUCUGUGUGGCUAUAUAUAACUUUGAUGGUCAAGGACGUUGUAAAUUACCUUUGGAAGUUGGUGAUACACUGCAAAUUGAUGAAGAAUGUGAUGGGUGGUACAAGGGUUUUGCCCUUAAAAACAAAAAACUCCAUGGAAUAUUUCCUAAAUCCUAUGUCAGUAUUAAGGAAUCAAUCACUGAAAUACAUGGUGGAAUGGAAAUCGUCACUCCCAGAGAACCAGCAGUGGCCCAAGAAAUAUCAGCAGUAUUGAAGGAAUGGAACCAGAUUUGGAAAAUGUUAUAUGUCCUUCGUGGUAAGGACUUUGAUCGGGUGAAAGAAAUGCUAAAUGAACUUUUAAUAUGGAGACAGAAAGCCUUGUCUAGUAAAUUAACAAUUGAAGAAUUGGGUGCCUUACAACAAAAGGUCACAAAAAAGAUUGACUUUGGAAAUGCUCUAUUAAAUCAGGAUCUUGUGGUUCGUGAUAAAAUGGGAAAUGUCUUAAACCAUGAUAAAAAUAGUAUUAUUGAAGUGUUUAGACGUCAUGUUUUAGCGGCAGAAAAUAUCAAAAACAUUAAAUUAGAAGAUGCUGGAAUCGAAAAUGAAAAUGAAUCAAAAUUUUCGUGGCCAAGUACAUUUAAUUUAUUUGUCAUGUUGAGAAACUUUGUUGUUAAAAUUGGAGAAGAUGCAGAAAUAAUCAUGAACUUGUAUGACGCCAAAGAGGCAGAGUUUAUAAGUGAAAACUAUGUUGUUAAGUGGACUAAGGAGGGUGUGCCAAAAGAUAUUGAUAUGUUGAAUAAUUUUAAAGUUGUUUUUACUGAUCUGGGUACUAAGGACAGAUAUCGUGAGAGAGUGUUUCUCAUUUUUCAAAUUGUACGUAUUGGUGUAAUGGACCCAAAAUCUCUGAGUCCUAAAAAUACUCAGAGAGUUCGCAGACCUUUUGGUGUGGCAGCUAUGGAUAUUUCAGAAAUUAUUGCUGGAACUAAAGAAUUCAACGAGGACCAACAACAUUUCAUUCCUUUUCAACAAUGUGGUGAAGAAUAUAUGGACUCAGUUGUCAAGAAAGUAAUAGUAGCUAAGGAUAUUAACCAUAAAGGACAAGGGUUAUGGGUGUCUAUGAAGUUAUUACCUGGUGAUAUUAAACAUGUACAAGAAGAAUUCCCUCAUGUUAUUACACAGGGAUGUUCUUUUGCCAGAAAAAUUGGUUUCCCUGAAGUUAUAAUGCCAGGUGAUGUGAGGAAUGAUAUAUUUGUAACUGUUAUGAGUGGAGAAUUCUAUAAAAGUGCUACUAAAACAACUGACCGUAAUGUUGAAGUGACAGUGUUGGUGUGUAACAGUCGAGGUGAUGCCUUACAAGAAGUGAUUAGUUAUGGUUCAGGAGAUUCUAUGAGUGGAGAAUACAAAUCAGUGGUUUAUUAUCAUGAAGACAAACCCAAAUGGUUUGAAACUCUAAAAGUCACCAUUAGUUCAACUGAAGAAGAAUUUCGAGGUCUUCAUUUGAAAUUUUUAUUCAAACAUCGAUCAUCAGCUGAAGCCAAGGACAAAUCAGAGAAACCAUUUGCUAUGUCUUAUAUUAGACUCAUGAAUGAAAAUGGUACAACUAUGGAAGAUUGUGUUCAUGAUUUGUUAGUGUAUAAACUAGAAUGUAAGAAACAUGAAGAUCGUGGCUACUUAAACUUGCCAACAACCAAACGUGAAUUAGAGCAUCGCUUUGCCAAUCAUCCAACAACUGGUAAAGUUCAUCUACAGUCCAAGUCAGGAAGUAUAGUCUAUAGUAAUAAAGAUUCAUUUACUAUUCAAACUUUUGUAUGUUCUACUAAACUAACCAAUAAUUUAGAUCUGUUAGGUUUAUUGAAAUGGCAGGAGGUUCUUCACGAUACCAAAAAUCUCCAGAAACAUCUUGAACAUCUGAUGAAAGAAGGAGGUGAAGAAAUUGUCAAAUUUUUACAAGAUUUACUUGAUUCCUUGUUUAAUAUUUUAAUGCAGAACACAAAUUCUGAAUUGUGUGAUAACCUUGUAUUUGAUGCUCUUGUUUAUAUUAUUGCUUUGAUAUCUGAUAGAAAAUAUCACCAAUUUCGACCAGUGCUUGAUGCUUAUAUUGAUUCUAAUUUCAGUUUUGCCAUGGCAUAUAAUAAACUUAUGGCAAUAUUGAAAUAUUAUGUUGACAAUGCUAAUGAAAAGUCAGUACAUGAACAAUCAUUAUUAUGUGCUAUGAAAUCAUUAGAGUAUAUAUUUAAGUUUAUUAUUAAGUCACGUCAAUUAUUUGCCUUGAUUAAUGAAGGGAGGGGUAAACAGCAAUUUGAAAUGACCUUAAAACAAUUAUUAUUGUCUAUUAAUGGUAUGAUGAUGUAUACCAGUGAUCAGACUCUCCUAAUUCAAGGAGCAGCAUUAAAAUAUAUCAGCUCUAUUGUAGCUGAUGUGAUCACUGUAUUUGAUCCUAUAGAAUUGAGUACUCUGAUGGUACAGUUUAUUGCUAAUGUGCCUCGUGAUAGACUGUCCCGUCAGAAAAUGAAAUGUAUUAAUGAUCUUGUGCAUACUGAUUUAUUUAAGAGAUCUGAUUGUAGGCCUGUUUUAAUUACUGCCAUAUUUCAGCAUACUAAAACAAUGAUGGAUAGAGGUGUAGAGGUGGAGGAAUGCAUUGAUGUCCUGAGUGAUAUAAUGCAUUGUCUGUAUCAGCCACAAACUGGACUUCAUGAAAGUGAUAUUAGUAUAGUUACACGUGAAAUACUCAGAACUGUCAUCCAGACUGCUAUUGGAAUGGAUAGAAAAUCUAAAGCAGUUGGCAAAUGUGUAGCAGUGAUGUUAAGUAUUUUACGUCAAAUGAGUGAAAAUCAUUAUUUUAACUACAUUGAAAGUUUUCCUACAAAUUUUGAUCUACUGGACUUUCUAAUGGAAAUUUUGAUGGUUUUUCAAGAUUUAGUUGGUAACAGUGUAUUUCCUAAAGACUGGGUUGAAAUGAUGUUGAUACAAAAUAGCAUAAUAUUACGAGCAUUGCGUUUUUUUGCCAAUACUAUCCAUGACAAAUUUUCUAAUCCCUUUGAGCAGCAAUUGUGGAGCAAUUUCUUUCACUGUGCGAAAGAUUUCCUGACACAAGAUGCUUUACAACUUGAGCGGUUUUCAAUAAACAAGAGAAACAAAAUAGUAACCAAAUAUAAGGACAUGAGAAGGGAAGCUGGUUUCGAGAUCAGGUCUAUGUGGUUUAAUCUAGGUCACAACAAAAUAAACUUCAUUCCUGAUCUGGUCGGACCAAUUCUAGAAGUCACAUUGAUUCCAGAAACAGAACUGAGAAAAGCCACCAUUCCAAUCUUUUUUGAUAUGAUGCUGUGUGAAUAUACCCAACCCAUACCCAAGUCUAACAACAGGAUUCAGGGUAACUUUAAUUUGGUUGAAAAUGAAAUGAUUACCCAACUGGAUAUCUUGGUAGAAGGUGGACGAGGUGAUGAGGAGUACCAAGAACUGAUGUAUGACAUUCUGUACAGCAUGUGUCUUGGUCACUCUACUGUAAGAGAACAAGGGCUUGCCUUCGUGGAGAUGGUUAGAAAGUUAUUGCAAAGAUUACUAGAGUAUCGAUUGAUCAUUAAAGAUGAAGUAAAAGAACACAGAAUGAGUUGUAUUGUAAACCUGUUGGAUUUUUACCACGCCAUCAACCGACAAGAGAUGUACAUUAGAUAUCUGCAUAAGCUCUAUCAUCUCCAUCUGGAGUGUGAUAAUUUUACUGAGGCUGGUUACACGUUAAUGUUGUAUGCUAAACUAUUGAACUGGUCAGAAGAUAACCUUCCACCAAUGCUGCACAAUAAUAAGUAUCCAGAUGCUAUAACACACAGAGAACUCAAAGAGAAGCUGUACUAUGAUAUUAUUUCCUGCUUUGACAAGGGUAAAAUGUGGGAGAAGGGUAUAGAACUCUGUCGAGAACUAACGUUACUCUAUGAACAAGAACUCUUUGAUUAUGUCAGCUUGAGCAAAACCCAUAAAAGACUGGCAGAAUUGUAUGAUAACAUCAUGAAACAGAUGCGUCCAGAACCUGAAUAUUUUCGAGUUGGUUAUUAUGGUCGUGGAUUCCCAUCCUUUCUACAAAAUAAGGUAUUUAUUUAUAGAGGCAAAGAAUAUGAGAGAUUGGUGGAUUUCAGUUCCAGAAUGCAGAUUUUAUUUCCAAAUGCUGAAUUGAUGCGAACACUUGACCCCCCUGGUGACGAUAUAAAAGAUUCUCCCAAGAGACAUCUACAGAUCAAUGCUGUGACUCCCAUCAUGGAACUAAAACACCAGUUCCAAGGAAGAGAUGUUGGUGAACAGAUACUCAAAUAUUACCGAGUCAAUGAAGUGCAGAAGUUUACUUUCUCAAGAAAAUCGGAUGAAAGUCCAAAUGAUAUUGCUAAAAUGUGGCUAGAAAGGACAAAUUUGGUAACUUCGUAUCCCUUACCAGGCAUUGUUGGUUGGUAUCCCGUUGUUUCAACAUGUACUUUCGCUGUUAGUCCGCUAGAAACUGCCAUUGAAACACUAGAAAAUAAGAACAAGAAAAUCCACUCCGCUAUUGAACAACAUCGAAUUGAUCCAGCUAUUCGUGUUGAUAAUUUAAGUAUGUUAUUAAAGGGUGUUGUAGACCCAGCUGUUAAUGGUGGAAUCUCUAUGUACAAAGUCUUCUAUAAUGGUGAAUAUAUACUACAGAGUGAUAGCAUGGAGAAAGAUUCCGAACUGGUGGAGAAACUAAAACAAUUAACAUUUUAUCAAGUUACCCUGAUUAGAGAAGCCUUGAUGAUUCACCGCAGGAAGGUUCCUGAAGAUCUGAAACCAUUGCAUAGCAACAUGGAACAACGGUUUGCGGAAAUGUGCAAUAUAAUUGAAAGAGAGUAUGGCAUUAGAGUUGCAGACAAAGGAUUUGCCAGCGCAUCUCUAAGAAGAAAUCAGUCAAUAGCGAGUACAACAAGCAUUAGAUCCAGUGAAUUUGCCCAAAGUCCACCGGCUGUUGACACAAAUCUUCUGACACCAAACAAGAAUUCUCCAGGUCAUAGAGCACAAUCUGUCUGGGUUCGCCCUGACAAGACUAAUUCACCAUCUCCAGGAAAGAGUCUUCAGUCAAAGCUUAACGAACAACUUGUAGCCAGAAGACCACCUCGACCAGAAUCUGACAAAAGUCCACGUCCUCCAAGUAACCAGUUUAGACCAGAUCAGUUCUUAAGUACAAGUUCUUUAAGUUUGGCUUCCAAUACAACUGUAACCUCUGACACCAGUGAUGCGUUUUCCUCAGAUGAACCCCCACCCCUCCCUGAAAAGACAGCUUAUGCUGAUUAUACCAAUACUAAUAAACCGCAACCACCCCUUCCAGUUGAGGCUGAACGAGACAAACCUCCACCUGUACCUAAAAAACCUCACUAAAUUUGAAAAAUGCUAUCAUUAUCUUCUGCUGUCAUGACAUGUUGAUAUUUUACUAGUAUUAAUUUAGUUUUUAUACAUAUUUUAAAGAUCUGUGUAGUUAUUUUAUAUUUAGAUAUCCGCUAGAUUUUAGAUAUGAUUGUAGUAAAUUAUGACACAUUCAUUAAGAUCGAUCAAACGCUUCUGUAUUUCAAUUUGUUAUUGUUAAUAGUUCAUUGUCAUCGUAGAAAUUCUAGUCCCAAGAUUUAGGCCGGAAUCUAAAUGAUACUUGAUCUAAUUCAUUUAAGAUGCAUCAUUCGAAUUAAAGGUAUACUACUUCUUUAUAUGACUAAAAAAUUGAUGUUAAAAUGUUAAAACUUGGUAAAAAUGAGUCUUUGUUCAUCUGGCGUCAAAACUACACGACAGAAUCUCUCUUUAAUCCAAUAUAUCCAUACAACUAACAAGUAAUAUUUCAUUUAACUAAAUAAUCCUGACAUGCUUAGAUGCGUGUUUUAAUAAUUAAUUAGUUUAUUGGACAUAUCGUCUUAUAUCGGGAUUCAAUUUUUUAGUCAUUUUGGCACCUUGCCCAACAAGCCAACUGAUGAAUAUAAUAUCAACUUGCUGACCAAGUUUGAGACUUAAAAUUUUAUGUCCAGUCUAAGAGGUAGUAUUAGUUCAAGUGGAUAAUUAAGUACUCAAGCGUUUUCUCCAGAAAAAAAGCUGUAAGCGGACGUAAUUUAAUUGCGCAUCGCUUCAGAUGAGUAAUCUAUAUAUACACAUGUGUAACAAUUACUUGUAAAUUCGAAAAUAGACAAUUAAUGUCCGGUUAUGUGAACUUUGUGUCCAGUGUUAAAAUCUGAGCCUAUUUUUAACGCUGAUAAAUAGCUGUUGUGCAUAAUGUAUAGUAUUUGUGAUUUGUAUUAGGAAGUACUGUAGUUUAUUUAAACUUUUUGUUCAUAUUUCUUUUUAAUCCUAUUAAUAUAAUAUUUUGAUUAUAUUUUAUCAUUAUUUAACUUCCUGAUAUUGCAUCAUGUUAUUUUCUUUUAUAUAAUGGUUAUUUUUGUCAUUAAGAUUUAUUUUGGCUUGAAGCAAGGAUUAGGACGAAAAUGCCCACACUUUCUCACGCCUAUACCUCUACAUCAGUAACUUAAAUUGUCAACUAAUAUAAGUAGCAUGUUUAUAGUAACUUCUUUUAUCAUUGUAAGAUGAAACUCCUUCCCAAAUUAUUAUUCAUAGAAAUGUUUUAAAUGGUAACGAGUACCUGUCUGGUCCAUCGAAAAUCAAAAAUACUGUUUAGAAAUCUGAUUCAAUACUUUUCACCAAGUUUCCUUCUUUUUCCUAUUCUUUACAGUUCUGUAACAUUGAACGAGUUAAAAUCUGAAACGUUAUUUUGAAUCUGUAAUGUAAUCAGAAUGUUGUUUUUGUCUGAGUAGGGAGGUUUUGUACUUUUUUCUUCAAGAAAUUGCAUAGCCUUCUCUUUAUUUCAAAGGUGAUGCAUCGUAAAUUCUCUUUUUAGAUACUGGGAGUGAAUAUGAGGAUAAUGUGUUUCCUGGUCGAGAAAUUUACAUUUGACAAAAAGAGUAUUGACUAUGUAUAUCAUUUAAAUCGACCUUACUUUCAGUCAAUUUAUAUUGUUUUCCUUGGCUAUAAUAUUAUGGUGCUAAUUUUUUCAUAUUUUUUAUAUAAGAUCCGAAAUCUCCAGCAAGAUUUUUUCCUUCGUCAUUGUGUUCGUAGAAUCUGGUAGAAUUUUAGAUGCUUUAUAGUCUUUAUACUUAAUCGUUGCCUUCCAUGCUGAGAGUUGUGUUUGUCCAAUAUUGUCCAUAGGAUCUUAGAAACCUCAAAGUAUUAGGACACUCUUAAUCAUUCCAAGCAAAAUCAAUUCUUAGGAGGUAGGGCCAAUGGACGACACUUUACUGAUUGAUGCUCCUGACGAUGGAACACACAUACCGUUAGUAAUGAUACGUAUAUGUAUUUUUGAUACACAUUUUAUAACAAGUUUAACAUCAAAGAACAAAAUCAAAGAGUUUUAUAUAGUUAAACAAUCAUAGUGGUUGUGUACAGAUUUCAGUUAAUGUGGUGUUCGACUUGAAUACUUAAAAUCAAAAAGAAGUUCCAUCAUGAUCCAUCAUGCUAAUAAUAAUGGCAUAACUCUCAAAUUUCCCUAAUUGAAAGUAGAGGUUGUACAUUGCCAGAGUUGAAACGCCAGGCACCACAUUACUGGGUCUUAUAUCAAGUGUCUUAAUGCUUUUUAAUAGAAAUAGAAAUAUCUACAAGCUAUUUUACCAUAAGAAACUUAUGAAACUAAUAUGGAUAUACAAUAUCAAUUUGUUACUAUAAUAAAUUUGCUAAUACAAUACAG